GCCCCUUCCCGCGUUGCGACGCCAGCCGCAUCGGGAACGCCGCACAACUGAGGCGCGCGGUGGGAGCUGAGUGCCUUCGUGGAGGAACGCGAAGCGACAAUGAGUGAUCCGUGGAGUCAGUAACGGCACAGCCAGGAAGACCAGAUUCCCAAAGGAUCAAGGCCGAAGUUCGUACUCUGGAAAAAGGUGAUAUGAGAAAUGAAGCCAACAGGUACAGACCCAAGGAUCUUAUCUCUAGCUGCUGAAGUUGCAAAAAGUCCUGAGCAGAGUGUCCCUGUUAUACUGUUGAAGUUAAAAGAAAUAUUGAACAAUACACCUUUAGGAAGCUCAGAGUUGAAGAAAAUCAAACAAGAUAUAUAUUGUUAUGACCUCGUUCAGUAUUGCCUCUUGGUCCUCAGUCAAGAUUGUUCUCGAAUCCAGGGCGGUUGGACUACAAUUUCUCAGCUUACACAGAUAUUAAGCCACUGCUGUGUGGGCUUAGAGCCAGGAGAAGAUGCAGAGGAAUUUUACAAUGAAUUACUUCCAUCAGCUGCAGAAAGUUUUCUGAUUUUGGGGAGGCAAUUGCAAACGUGUUUCAUCAAUGAAGCUAAGGGUGAAGAAAAAGAUAAAUUACUACACUUUUUCCAAAUUGUGACAGAUUCUCUCUUCUGGCUAUUGGGAGGCCAUGUUCAACUUAUCCAACAUGUGCUACAAAGUGAUCAUUUCUUACUCUUACUGCAAACUGAUAAUGUUCAAAUAGGAUCCACAGUCAUGACAAUGGUACAGAACAUACUACAAAUCAACAGUGGUGAUUUACUCAGAAUAGAAGUGAAAACCCUGCAUUCAAUUUUGGAUGAAGUUAUUUACAAGCUUUUAUCAACUCCUAGUCCAGUCCUAAGAAGUACUGCUACAAAGCUCCUACUAUUCAUGGCAGAAUCCCAUCAGGAAAUUUUGAUUUUACUGAGAAUAAGUGCCUGCUACAAAGGACUCAGAAAUCUACUAAAUAAACAAGAGCCUGGGACAGAGUUUAGUCAAGAACUUAGACAGCUCAUUGGCCUUUUAAGCCCAAAGGUCUAUCAUGGAGUAGAAGAGCAGAAACUACAUCAAGCAGCUUGCUUGAUUCAAGCUUAUUGGAAGGGUUUCCAAACUAGAAAGAGAUUAAAGAAGCUUCCAUCUGCUGUCAUUACUUUGCAGAGGAGUUUCAGAUCUAAACGAGCAAAGAUAUUACUGAAGCUAAAUAGGCAGAAGGAAGAAGAGAACCACAGAUUACAACUGAAACUUCAAAGACAGAGAGCCAUGAGACUUUCCCGAGAAUUACGGCUGAGUAUGCUCGAAAUAGUUCAUCCAGGUCAGGUGGAAAAACAUAAUCGGGAAAUAGAAGAGAAAUCAGCAUUGAUUAUCCAGAAACAUUGGAGAGGGUACAGGGAAAGGAAAAAUUUUCGCCAACAGAGGCCAUCACUCACGGAGUAUAAAGCAGCUGUCACACUUCAGAGAGCAACUCUUAAAUUCCUAGAAAAGUGCCGUAAGAAAAAGAAACUAUUUGCUCCUUGGCAAGGACUCAGAGAACUCACUGAUGCACGCAGAGUUGAACUUAAGCAACAAGUGGAUGACUAUGUCAUAAGACAUCCAAGCUCUCAGAUGUCAGAUGUGACCAGCAAGGAGCUCCAUUCCCAAGCUCAAGAACAACUGCAACACUAUUUCAUGGGCAGGGCCCUAGAAGAGAGAGCCCAGCAGCACAGGGAGGCUCUGAUGGCUCAGAUCAGCACCAACAUUGAACAGCUAAUGAAAGCACCAAGUCUGAAGGAGGCAGAAGGGAAAGAGCCUGAGCUCUUCCUAAGUAGAUCCAGGCCUGUGGCGGCCAAGGCCAAGCAGGCCCAUCUCACCACUCUGAAGCAUAUACAAGCACCCUGGUGGAAGAAGCUCGGGGAAGAAGCAGGGGAUGAGACUGAUGUCCCAAAAGAUGAGCUUAGUGUAGAAUUAGGCACUUUAUUCAUUGGUGGAACCAAACCGCCUUAAGGAAUUACCUUGAAACAAAUCCUGUAUUUCAGGAGAUUGUUAUUGGUUCUGUCUCUGGCAUGCUAGUAGACUAGAACUAUCCUAACUCAUGGUUUUACAGAGGUUCCUCUCCAAACAAAACUACAGGCAGUAAGCAAAGAGUUAUCUUCUACCUCUAUCUCAAUUCUGUUUUUUGUUUUUCCAUACCUCCAUCCCUGGUCACACACAGAUUGGUGUGGCAUGUAUUGUGGAAGUAAAUUCAGCACGACAUUCCACUGCUUAUAUUAAAUGUGAUAUUUCUUUUUUUGUUUCUGCUGUUUUCCAACUAAAGUAUUUUCUAAAUAAAUAUUUUCAACAAUUGUUCUGAAAAACUUGCCAGAAUUAUCUGAACUUUUCACAUUUAUUAGAAUUUCUAUUUUUCUAUUAAUAUAGGAAGUAUGCUCUUGGCCUUUAUUUAAAGGAAGGAAAAGAAAUGGUCAUCUAACUAUUUUCAAAUGGACAUCUAUUUUCUACAUAACAGUGUUUGAACUCAAUUUCUAUCUUGUUAUUUCUAAAAGAAACUACAUUUAAAAAAAUCUUCAUGGGAUUCAGAGCAAGAAAAAUUUCUCCAGAUAAAAUUGCUUUUUUUUUUUUUCUAUGAGAACUAUAUAACCCACUAUUUCCCUUUUUGUCUCCUAGGACUUUCACAGUUGAAUAUGUUUCAUUUCUGUUACAAUUCUAGGUACCUAUGUGAUCAUUUGGUUCCAACAUAAUUUCUGAUUUUCCUACUUAUCUUUGUGUUUUAAUAGUAGAAAUCACCACUAUUUGUGUUUGUAACAAUAUAGAAUUUAAGUUAAAAUUAAUUAAUAACCAUGGACUCCAUAGUAUAAGGAAUCUGGAGUGUGCUUUCUAUAUAAAUAAUUGGAAAUACCAGUAUUUAUGGAUGGGAAGACCAAAUAGUAUAAUGUCCAGUACUCUAAAGUUGAGUUUAGUAAAUUCUAGUCAAAAUCCUAAUGUAAUUUCUAUUUAAAUUGGAAAACAAAUGUAUAAAAUUCAUCUGUAAGAAUAAGCAAAUGAGAGUUCUGGUUUCAUUUAGAAUGUAGAAAGCUACAUGAGACUGUCAAUCCUACCUUAACAAAAAGAAAUGCCAGGUAAUCUACAUGAAUAAUUUUUCUUGAGCCUAUCAGAUAUUUGAAGCCUCAAGACACCCAAGUAAAUUGAGAUAGGACUCAAUAUCUGUGAAAUGAACUAUUUCAUCUUUAGUAGAGCAUAGGACAUAAAAGUUAGCUGCAUAAGAAGUCAACUAAAAUUUUAACAAAUUCUUAAAGGCCAAGUGUAAGGUAGCGUGUCAGUUUAGCAUAUCUAGGAACCAAAGACAGGAGAAUUUAGACCUCUACCAAAUAAAAGAAAGUUUGGGAGCAGGGCAGGAUGCACUGAAGAGAUGCACUUAGUGAAGUGAUAGGCUGCUACUGAGUGACAUGCCCAAAGCCCCACCCACUUUCCGAAACCAUCCUUUAAAAGCCUUACAGUUGCUAGAGCAGUGGCAGCAAGCCCUCUUAGCUCCAAGGCUCACACAAAAUUCCAAUGCAUGUAUGGAAGGAAUAGAAACAAAGCCUACCUGUCCCUGGGGGCAUGAUAAGAAACACUCUAGCCCCAGACACAAAUAGAGAUUCAGUGUUGCUAAGGGAGGGACAGAAACUCUCCACUCCUGGGAGAGGGUCAGGAAAUCAUCUUGGGCCCAGAAAUCCUACACUAAGUAAAGCAGAAAUCUGCUAAUAAUGGGUCUUUCUGCUAAAGACCAACCGCAGAUAUGAGGCAGUUUGACUGCCCUGGGGUAGACGGGUGGGAACCCUGAGAAAGCCCCACCCCAAUCCUAGGAAGAAGAGACCUGGCCUAAAAUUUAGGCUGAAUCACACGUCGCAAUGACUAGCCUAGCACCAGGUAAGCAAUAGCAGUUUACCGCUAGGGAAAAGUACAUGGAGAGAGACCUCUGUGGCAAAAGCAUACAGGAUGGCUAAAAGUGGAAGGUGGAGCAGGAACACAGACAAGCUUUCCCGACUCCACUCUAAGCACAAGGUAACAGCAGCUAAAAAAUAAAAGAACUUGAAGCCUAUGGUGCAGUGAAGAUAAAAACCAAACCCAGCUAAACCAACUAGUUUAACUCAACC